AUGGCCGAAGUUAAGAAUAAUAACAAUAAUAAUUUAUUUCAAAUUAUUAUUAUUGGAGGUGGGAUAAGUGGGCUGGCAGCUGGGGAUGCAUUGGUUAAAAAGGGAAUAACGAAUUUUAAAAUUUUGGAAGCGAGGGAUAAAAUUGGAGGCAGAGUGGAAGCAUAUGAAAUGGGGAACUUAAAAUUAGAAAUGGGAGCAAAUUAUAUUCAUGGUAUACUAGGGAAUCCCAUGUAUGAAUUAGCCUUAAAUCAUGGACUUAUUGACAUAACACAUACACCAAAAGAUCACCAAGUACUAGCUGUAAUGGAAGAUGGAAGUCAAAUCCCUUUUCUUAUGUUGCAAGAAGUGUAUGAGGCUUACACUUGCUUUUUAAGAAGGUGUGAAGAAUAUUUUUUAUCUCAAUUUUUGCCACCAGAAGGAAUAUCUAAUGUUGGAGAUCAUAUUAAAUUAGAAGUUGCUUUAUAUUUAGACAGAAUUAAUGAUAAUAAAGAAAAGCACAUAAAACAGCUAAUUUUUGAUUCUCUUUUGAAAAGAGAAACUUGUAUUACUGGUUGUAAUGAUAUGAACGAAGUGAAUUUAAUAGAAUUAGGUAGUUAUAUAGAACUCCAAGGAGGGAAUAUUGUCUUGCCUGGAGGGUACAGCAGUGUACUUCAAGCU